UAUUCUCUUCUAUCAGAGACAUCUUCCAAGAUGACCUCUCCGGAGAUAGGUCAGCGGGUUGUCAGAAGCUCCGAGUGGUCUUGGAGAGAUCAGGAUGGUGGUGAAGGCCAUCUAGGAACUGUGGUCAAGAUGACUGACCAGGAACCUGUAGCCUCUCUUCAUGGAUGGUCUAAGGUCCGGUGGGAUACUGGUCGAUGUAACAAAUAUCAAGUUGGGACAGGUGGAACUUACGACCUCCUACUCUUUGACAGCGCCCCAGCAGGCGUUGUCCAUCCCAAGAUUACAUGUAGCAAUUGUACGGUGGAUUCUAUACAUGGUAUUAGAUGGAAGUGUUGUGAUCAUAGCUGUACAGAUGUCAACCUUUGUACCCCUUGUUAUAUGACUGACAAACAUGAUUUGACACACAGAUUCACACGCUUCAACAGUCAGGAUGAAACAGGAAUCGUUGUUACACCUCGUUCCGAAGAAGACAAAACAGUUUCAAUGGGACUGUGCCCUGAAGCCCAGGUUAGCCGAGGAGAAGAUUGGCAAGGAGACGAAAGUGAUGGACACGAAGGCAAUGCAGUUAACAGUUGCGUCAUAUCCGGGAGACCACGAUCUGGUGUUACUGUUAAGUGGACGGACACUGGGCAGACAACAACCCAUAGGGUCGGGUAUGACGGAAAGGUGGAUCUGAAAUGCACCACGCCAGGACAUGGAUGCGGCUUCUAUUCGUCACAUCUACCAAUUCUAGGCAAAGAGCAAGGUGUUAAGGUUGGCGAUCGAGUAGCGAUGUCCUUGACAGCCGAGAGACUACAGUUCAUUCAAGAGAAAAAUGGAUGCAAGUGGUCGCCUAGGAUGCAAAACCUGAUCACAAAGGUUGCCAUGGUUACAAGCAUUCAUCCCGAUGGAAAUGCAGAGAUCUCCUAUCCAGGGAGAGAUGACCGCUUCAUCCUCCAUCCAGACGCUUUAAACAAGGUUCCGAUGUUUGAAAAAGGAGACCGUGUAGGCGUCAAGACAGACAAAGAGUACGUGAAGGGACUCCAGGAAAACAGCAAAAAUGGAUGGGUAGAUGGUAUGGAAAACUGCUUGGACAAGGAAGGUACAGUUCUACUUGUUGAUGAACAUUUUGACACACGGGUCCGAUUUGAGUCAGUGAAGCCAUCGGAUACAUGGUGGCAUCCCUGUGCGCUAACCCUAGUUGAGAAGAAAAAACACCAUGUGGGCGAUGGAGCCAAGUCCACCCAUAUCAAACCUGAAACUACUGACUUAUCCAAAGACGAUAAUUCUAUAGAAUCUCAGCUUUAUAAUGCAGCUAAAACAGGUGACCUUAAUCGUGUAUUGGAGAUUCUGUCUUCUUCACCGGAGAAGGUGAAUGGGAAAGUAAAUGGCAAGAGCGCACUCCAUAAAGCUUCUGUUCGUGGUCAUUUAAAGGUUGUUAAGGCGUUAAUAGAGGCUGGAUCUGACAUAGAAAUCACUACAGAUGAUGGACAUACUCCACUACAUUACGCAGUUGAAGGAGACGAGCCAGCAGUUACAAAGUUUCUCAUUGAGAAAGGAGCUGACAUUGAUAGAGGUAGCACAAGACAGAGAAGAGCUAUUCAUCGAGCAGCUCAUGGAAAUUUUGUUGAUUGCGCCAGAAUCCUGAUCAAACAUGGAUGUGAUGUCAACGUGCAAGACGAACGGGGAGACACCCCUCUCCAUGAUGCUAUCAUCAACAAUAGCGUCGAUGUUGCUGAACUGCUGUUGGCAGUUCCAAAUCUUGAUACAGCUAAAACGAACAAACGAACUAUGACACCAAUCCUGUUCGCCGCACUUAAAGACCGCCCGGAGCUUGUUGAAAUGCUUGCACGCCACUCUCCUCCGUCAAUUCCGGUUACUACACCUGAAGGAUUUAACAUCCUGCACAUUGCAGUAGUCAACAACCAUGUUCAAGUCAUGAAGGUGGUUUUGGCUAUAAAGGGUCAUGGACUUGAUCUGGAUGCGAGAAACGUUAACGGACUCAGUGCUUUAAAUUUGGCCGCCGAAAAUGGAAUCUCUGAAAGCUUAGAGUACUUGGUGAUGCAAGGAGCAGACAUCAAUCUAACAUGUAACAAAGGCCAUAGUCCACUUCAUCGAUUAGCCAGCGCUGUAAGAAGGAAAAAUAUGAAAGUCAACGAAACACAAGCGCUUAAGGAUAUUCGGAUGAAAUACAAAGACGGCGGUGUACACACCAGUUCUGAAGCAUUGCUCUGUUUUAUGGUUCUUCAUGGCGCCUCCAUUGAUAUUGAAAAUGGUUCUUGCCGUACCCCUUUAUACUUCAUCGACGAUCCAAAACUAAAAAGGACUUUAAAGCAAAUUGCCCGAGAUCAAAAUCCUGACCAAAAGCACAUGGAAAACUUCGGAGAAGAUGGGGAUUUUGGUAUUGGGAGGCUGAAUAUAAAAUCAAUUUCCGAUGACAAUAUUCUUAUCCCGGACGAUGGCGUAGAAUUUGCUCAAGAAUUAGCUACCGAUGAAGAUCACCCAACAAGAAACCAAUCAAAGGAUUUAAAAGGGCAUGGAAACCUUUGUGUAGACGAUAAGACUGAUCUUAGUAUCGAAUAUGAAUUAGUAAGGGCAGCUAAAAUUGGAGACCUAAGACGUGUUUCAGAGAUACUGUCAUCUACACCUAAAAAGGUAAAUGUCAAAAUUGAAGGCAAGAGCGCUCUCCAUAAAGCAUCCUUUCAUGGCCACCGUGACGUCGUAAAGGCAUUAUUAGAAGCUGGAGCUGACAUAGAAAUAACUACAGACGAUGGACAUACUCCACUACAUUACGCAGUUGAAGGAGAUGAACCAGUAGUAACAAAGUGCCUACUUGAAGAAGGUGCCGAUGUGAACAAAGUAAAUGGACGCAGCAGGAGUCCACUUCAUGGGGCAGCCGCGAGAAAUCAUGUUGAUUGUGCUAGAAUACUAAUCAACCAUGGAUGUAAUGUCAACAUGCAAGACUACCGAAAAGAUACCCCUCUUCAUGACACCAUUACCACAGACGGCGUAGAUGUUGCAGAGCUGCUGUUGAAAGCUCCGAGCCUCGAUACCAGCAUCGAGAAUGGGAAAAAAUUUACCCCCCUUCAAUUUGCAGUACUUCAAGACCAACUAGAAAUUGUUAGAAUGGUUGCACGACACUGCCCUUCUUCAAUAGCUGUUCCUAAAAAAGAUGGGUACAAUGUAUUGCACAUCGCAGCAGUGAACAACCACGUUGAAGUCAUGAAGUCUCUUUUAGCUAUUGAGGAUAACGGACUGUGCAUUGAAGCGAAAAACAGUGAAGGUCAGACGGCUCUGCACCUUGCCUCACACGAGGGAUACUCGGAAAGUAUCGAGUACUUGAUUUCUCUUGGAGCAGACAUCAAUAGUCAAUGCAGUCAUGACCAUAGUCCGCUUCAUCUGGUAGCCAGCAAGACAAGAUCAAUCACAACAGAAGUUAAAGAAACCCCCAUUCUUAAAAAGAUUCGAAAGAAGUAUAGGGAUAGAGGUGUAGGCAACAGUACAGGUGCAGCAUUGCUGUGUUUCAUGGUCCUACACGGGGCGUCCAUCGAUAGUGAAAACGAGUCUUGUCGUACCCCUCUAUACUACAUCGAUGAUCCAAAACUAAGAAGGACUUUGAAGGAGAUUGCCCGUGGAGACAGAAGGGUCGCUGACUUGAAAUCACUAGAAGAAAGGGAAGUAGAUGAAGCUUUGGAAACAGAAGACCUGGCUACCAACGCCAUCAAUGAUGACGAUGAUGAUAUCCCUAUCCCACACACUCCCGUGGACGAUCCAGCUGCCAAUGACCAAGGAUCAGAAAACCUAGCAAGAACCAACAAGCCAAAGAUCGGAUUGUUUGAUCUUGUUCACGAAAUCCAAGUGUGUGACCUUAAAAUGGGGUCUGUGGUUGGAACUGGACAAUAUGGUGUCGUCCAUCGAGCAACAUGGCGAGGAACCACGGUGGCAGUCAAAAAGAUCUCUGUCGUCGGGAGUAAAAAGGAUGAAGUCGAAAAGGAAGUUUCUAUCCACAGGCAAGCCACCCAUCCAAAUAUCGUGAAAAUGAUGGCGCUAGGUUAUGAGUGUACGGACGCCUACCUUGUUAUGCAGUUUAUUGAAGGACCAAGUUUAGAUAAGAUCAUCUUCCCCGAUCGUGAUGACCCAAAGAUUCAUCUAGACUGGUCCACCAAGCUUGGGAUAUCCCGUGAUGUUCUCCAGGCAGUCACCUUUAUGCAUGCCAGUAAUAUCUUACAUCUUGAUAUCAAGCCGGCCAAUAUUCUGGUGGAGGCUACCACCAACCGUCCCUUCAUCUGUGACAUGGGUCUUGCCCACAUCAAGAACCGGAACGACAUGACUCAAUCCACCAUGCACAUCAGGGGCACCCCUCAAUUCAUGCCACCGGAGGUAAUUACUGCAUUGCCUGGGUACAAACAUUCUAGCAAACAUGACAUCUGGUCAGUUGCGGGAACACUAGUGGAGUUCUACUCCAUGAAACGUCUUUGGGGAGUUUUGGCCCAUCGCAUGGCCCUGAUAGCUCGCGCUGUCACUGGAAAAAUGGGCACACCCGAGGCUCUGGAAUUCGUGGAUCCAAAAAUCCAAGAGAUUCUUGAACCCUGCUUCAAUGAGAAACCUGAAGAUAGACCAUCGGCGGAAGAGCUACAAAAUAAAUUUAAUGAUCUCUCUUAAAAAGGAAAUUAUAUUAACCUUAUUUAAGAACAGCAUAUAGUAGCAAUAUUUGUAUAGCAAUUGUUUAUCUAGUACUAGUCUUAUUGUGAUGACA